AUGGGGCAGGAGACGGAGGUGGCGGAGAAGGAGGUGGUGCAGUCGGUAAGCGACCUCCCGGUGCAGGACCCGCCAGGAGAGGAGUUCUCCGCUGCUGACCUCACCUGGGUCAAGUACGCCAGCUCCGAGCACCACCGGGACGACGUCGCCCUCAUCCCCUACGACCGGAUGGAGGCCUUCAUCGGCGGCGAGAGCAACAACCCCGAGUGCCCCACGCGAUUCCACAUCGAGCGCGGCCGCAAGCGUGAGAGGGGCAGCCUCAGGGAGUACCGGAGCGACGAGUACCUCCUCUACAGGAUGUAUUGGUGCUCCUUUGGCCCUGAGAAUUAUGGGGAGGGAGGGACAAUCUUGCCUAGCAGAAAGUACAGGCUCAACACGAGGAACCGUGCCGCGCGCCCGCAGUCGAUGCGUGGCUGCACCUGCCAUUUCACCGUCAAGAGGCUCUAUGCCCGCCCUUCCCUGUUGCUCAUCAUCUACCACGAGAGGCGCCAUGUUAACAAGUCCGGCUUCAUAUGCCACGGCCCCCUUGACAGGGAUGCCAUCGGGCCUGGCGCUAGGAAAAUGCCCUACAUUGGAAGUGAAAUCCAGCAGCAGACCAUGUCAUUGAUCUACCUUGGUGUCCCAGAAGAGAACAUACUGCAGACGCAUAUAGAAGGCAUACAGCGCUACUGUAGCGCGGAUGCCCAGGUUGAUAACCUUGCCUCGCAGUAUGUCCAGAAACUAGGGAUGAUCAUCAAGAGAUCGACACAUGAGUUGGAUCUGGAUGACCAAGCUAGCAUCAGGAUGUGGGUCGACAGGAAUAAGAAAUCUGUAUUCUUCUACCAGGAUUCAACUGAGGCAGAUGCCUUCAUCCUGGGGAUUCAGACAGAAUGGCAAUUGCAGCAAAUGAUGCGCUUUGGUCAUCAGAGUCUUUUGGCUUCUCAUUCCUCAUUUGGUGUAAGCAAGCUGAAGUAUCCGUUGCACACGCUCCUUGUAUUUGACUCAAGGCAGCAUGCUCUUCCUGUUGCAUGGGUCAUAACCCGCUCAGUUACUAACGAGGACACACUGAAAUGGAUGAGGGCACUUACUGAUCGAAUACAUUCUAUAGAUUCCACCUGGAGAAUUGGUGGUUUUAUUAUUGACGACCCGGCUUCAGAGCUGGGUCCAAUCAGGGAGGUAUUCGCCUGCCCAGUUUUGUUCUCUAUGUGGCACAUCAGAAGGACCUGGCUUAAAAAUGUAAUCAAGAAAUGCAGCAAUGUUGAGGUGCAGCGGGAAAUUUUUAUCCAACUUGGCAAAAUCAUAUACAGUAUCUGGAGUGAGAAAAACCCCAUGGAUGCCCUAGGGCAAUUGUUUCAAGACUUUGUUGAUCAAACAACGUUCAUAAAAUAUUUCAAAUCAUUUUGGGUUCCCAAAUUGGAGAUGUGGAUUGACUCCAUCAGAAAUCUGCCACUGGCAAGUCAGGAAUCAUGCGGUGCCAUUGAAGGUUACCAUCUGAAGCUGAAGGUAAAAGCAUACGAUGAUGCGCAGCUGGAUGCUCUUCAACGGGUUGACUGGUUAGUGCAUAAGCUCACAACAGAGCUGCAUUCGAGCUACUGGAUCAACUUAUUUGCAGACGAAAGCGGAUCAUUUCCUGAGGUGAAAGCAGACUAUAUUGCAUCCACGUCAUGGCAAAGGGCAUUGCAGAUACCUGAUGAUGCUGUUACCUUUGAUGACAAAGCGCCUCUUUUAGCCAGAGUGGUCAGCCAGAAGGAUACCAGUCAGACAUGGACUGGUAACCUAUGCAAGCAUGUGCUAAAGGUCAACAUGAUGUGCGGAGCACGCAAGGAUUUUCAGCCCUCACUGACAUUCCAGUCAUUUCAGCAUGUCCUACUUGAUCUGUGGCAAAAACCAUUGGAUGAUUCGUUCUCGCUCGACCUCUCGGUAGCAUGGGUCAUGCAGAUGCAGGAGAAGAUCAAACAUGUAGCCGAGCUUGCCACCUCCGGUGGUAUUGCCCAAGUUGCAGGGAAAUUGCCGAUUCAAUGGACAAAAAAGAGAGGGAGAAGAGUAGCCGCCAAGCGCGCAAGCCCGUUACUUCUUCCUCAUUCUAACGGCAGUUUGCAGAAGGACUUGACCCCAAAGAAGAGCAAGAAGAGGAAGAGGCUGUCUAGGUUUCCGGGACAUCGACAUCGCAAAAUGCUAAUGAGCGUCUCUCUCUUCUCGCAGGCCAAUACGCUGCGGUUGUACCUCACCUGCAUCCGGAACACUCUGGAGGCGGCGAUGUGCCUCCAGAAUUUCCCUUGCCAAGAAGUGGAGAGGCACAACAAACCAGAGGUGGAGCUCAAGACAAGCCCUGAACUUCUGCUGAUUCCGGUACUGAUAUGCCGCAAUGAAGCAGAAAAAUGCUUGAUAGAGACUUCAAUCAACUCUAUACGUAUAAGCAUGAAGGUUAAGCAGGCAGAUGAAUUGGAGAACAUUCUUGCCAAGAAGUUCCUUAGGUUUUUGUCAAUGAGGGCAGAGGCAUUCCAAGUGUUGAGGAGAAAACCAGUUCAGGGUUAUGAUAUCAGUUUCCUAAUAACAAACUACCAUUGUGAGGACAUGCAUAAGCACAAGCUCAUAGAUUUCAUCGUGCAAUUUAUGGAGGAUAUUGACAAGGAGAUCAGUGAGCUGAAGCUGUCAGUAAACACUCGUGGCCGGCUAGUGGCGACUGAAUUCUUGAAGCAGUUCAUAUGA